AUGCCACCAAAAGGCUCCAGAUCCCCUAUACCGGUCUUCGUCUUCCUGGGCGUUGUGCUGGUCUUUCUCCCCAUCGCUGCCCUCGUCUGCGUCUGUCUGCAGCGACGCCACAAGCGACGACAGGCAGAGAACUCCCGGGCCGGCACCGCGCAUGCUGUGGCGGAGAGCAUGCACCGGUGGUCCAAAUCCGCGCCUAUCGAGAUGGGGGAUAUGCAACCGCCGUCAGCAGUGACCAUCAUCAGACCAAUUCGCGACUUGUCAAUGGGGAAGAGGCCUGUACAUCACAUGCAUGGCGCUCUGGGAGCACAUGAAGCUGAAUAUGAUAGCACGCGCAUACCUACCACCCAGAUCGACGCCCUGCCGCCCACCAGAGUUGACGAGUACCGGGAUCCCGACCUACAUCGGUCCGAAGCCAUGUCUUCUGUCGCAUGCGCUCCCUUUUCAGAUUCUCCGCCUCUGCACAGCCCGCGGUAUACUUUGCAAGCAGCAUUAGGGAGCGAAGACUCACCAGCCAGUAUUCAGACUGGUGGUGAGAGAGUGGCUUCGCUGAGCGAUGCGCCCAGAGUAAAGAGCCAGAAAGUGAGCCCGCAGGAGGCUGCGCAGGCGUAUCAUGGCGCAGAGAGACCGGCUAUGCCGGAGUUUGAGACCGGAUAUGUCGUACACGAACACCAGCAACUGCCCAGGGGGUGGUUAUGA